GGUCACUCACCGGCCCGUCCAUACGCCAAGUGGGCCGUCCUGAUAAACCCGAGUCGAAUGAUGGCUCACGUUCGCCCACAAUCUCAAUCUCGACCCACUCUUGGGCGUUGACAAGCUACAUAAAGCACGGCGACUGAAUCUAGCUUAACAGGGGGCCCGAGCAAUGCUAGUUGCUAGAUCCCUCCCUACGGGCGUCUCCCACUGUUUCAGCGUCCACUCAAAUCCACUCCGAAUGAGCACACUAGACCAAGGCCUCGGAAGUCAUCAGGGCGACUGACUGAAAUAUGGACGGCUCAAAUGGUUCUCCAACGCAUCCACCCGAUCCUGCACCGUCGAUGGUAUACGCAGGGAGAGGUGUCAUUGGAGCGUUCGGUCUUCUCACAUCAUGCGGGAUCGGCUAUCAUCAGGAUACCGUCCCAGACGCGCAUAUGAUCCUGAUAGAGACGUAUGUCUAUAUAUUGUUCUGUCUAUAUCUCUGGGUGGCUCUGGCGGUCAAAUGCAGCCUGACGGUUUUCAUCGUGCGGGUUUUCCCGACCAAAUGGAUUCGACGGAUUGGGCUGGGAAAUAUGGGACUCAUGGCUGUCCUGGCUAUCUCCGGAGAGUUACCCUUGAUCUUCCAGUGCAGGCCAGUGCAGGCCAGUGCAGGCGACAUGGGACAAGUCUAUUCCCAACUCCAAGUGCUUCUCCAAUGCCGUGUUGGAAAACCUCCAGCUAUAUCAGGCGAUCUUGAUGUUUUCGGCGUGAGUAUCAUUGCUCUUCCGAUCCCGACCAUCUGGAAACUUCAAAUGCCCGUCCGGCGGCGUCUAUUUAUCAUUGGUCUAUUUUGUCUCGAUUUGUGGCAUGUGGAGCCAGACUUGUACGCAUUCCGCUCCUAAAAUUCCAAGUGAAUUCCACUGACUAUACUUUCCCAUCGACUUAGAGGGCAAAAGAAAGGUGACGCAAAAGGUCUUGAUUACGAAAGCCAGCAGCGAAUCGUC